CCCCACAUGGAGGAAUAUGGCUAUCGCUGCACGAAACGUAGCGCGGCUCUUUACCGCUUUUACUGGCGCGUCUGGCGAAUGCAUUGUUCUCACGCAUGAGGGUGUACAUAAAUUUAUAUACAUGUAUAUAUGCCGCCUCUACAAUGUACACACGUCUGUUGUCUGCAAGCGCGCUGACACAUUUGUAAAAAAAAAAAAAAAGGAAACGAAAUGAACCUCAGUCGAAACAUUUUGUCUAAAUUAAAAAAAAAGAAAAAGAAAAAAAAGGACAAUGCGUUGCUAAAUGAAGAACUGAAUAACAUUGAGGAGAAAUGGAUCAGAGCGGAUAACGAAGUAACGGAAGAAACGGCGACGUCGGCCAAAAGAGAAGAACUUUUAGAAUUUAUUCAAAAUCAGGAUGAAUUUAAAAACAUAAAGAAGUUGUCUUCUGACGAAAGUGAAAAAUGUGAAAAGAAGAAAAAAACGAGAAUUAUAAAAAACGAUAAAGACCUGCUAAAAGAGUUGCAAAAACAGAUUGACGAGAAAAAACUGCAAAAAGAGAAGCUGAACAAGGAUAACAUGAAGAGGGAAGAAAUUGAAACUUUGUACUUGACAGAAAUUGAAAAAAAGCAAAAGGAGGAAGAAAGAAAUAUCAUUUUGAAGAACAAGGAAAGCGCACUGAUAAUAAAAAAUCAAAUUCAGGAAAAUUUCCUGAGGAAGCAGGAGGAAGAGCGAAUGAAAAUAAUCGAGGGGAAACUCAUGCAAAAGCAGUUUGAAAAAAACAAAGUCGAAGAACUGGAGAAGAAAAAAGAAAAAGUGGAAGAGCAACGCGUCCUCUACAGUUACAUCCUUGAGAGCAACAAAAAGCACAUUGAAGCCCUGAGCGAGCAGAAGAAGGAGGAGGAGAGGAAAGAUGCCGAAUACGUCAAGUACCAGGAGGAAAAGGCAACGCGAGAAAAGGAAUACGAAGACAAAGUCAAGCGAGAAAAAGAAGAAAAAGAAAAAGAAAUCCACGAAAUACGAAUGAAGCAGAAAAAAAAUGUCGAACUACAAGCGCACUUUGACGAAACACAAGCCUUGAAGUGGCAAAAGGAAGCCAAACGGAAGGAGGAGCAAAAAAGACUUUUGGAGGAAGAGAAAAAGAAAAAAAAAAUAGAGGAAUUAAAAAGCGCCAGAUUGGUUGCAAUGGAGCUGAAGAAGAAGAAAAAGCAGGAGCUAAUAGAGGAAGGCCAAGUGGAGGCCGAAAAUUCCAAAAAAAUAUUCCAACUCCAUGAAAAGGAAAAAUUGCAGAACGCAGAAAGGGAGAAAUUGAAGAAAAAAAAUUAUUAUGAGAGUUUAACCAAGCUGGUUAAUUUAAAAAAAAAACAAACAAACAAUAAAACGGGUAAAAAGUAGUGGACGCCAUCCAAAUGGUCGCAUAAAAACGGGGGUUCCCCAGGGGGGGCCAAGGAGCCACUGGUAUGUAACACCACAGCAGUAUGAAGAAAAAAAAUAUGACGCUGUAAAAAAAAAGCACAAAUUAAGCAAUGUACCAAAUGUACAAACUAAGCGAGUGUACCAAAUAUACAACCUGCGCGAAUGGCGACGAUAAAAACGGCAUGUUACCUGCACAAUCAUACGUCACAGUAGAAAACUCCCAGGUGUGCACACGCAUACGUAAAUGCAUAUAUGUGCCUGUGCGCCCCCUUUUUUUUUCCUACUUAAACUUCCUCUU